AUGUCGCUUGAAGUGCCUUCACGAGCUGCAUGGCAGGCGCUACUGCCACGACCGGUGCCAUCAGCUCCCUCGGUGCCCAGAGAAACACCAGGAGGUGGCAGCAGUUCCAGCGCGCGCAGACCCGGCGUCGCCCUGAGCUCGCUGAGCUCGCUGAGCUCGGCGCCGUUGGUGGCGCUGGGUGCUUGGAGAUCCUCCAGAGGUCGUCCUGGUCGCUUCCGUGCUGUGCGAUGUGCAUUGCCGUCUGGUCUGGAGCUGGACACCUCGCCGGACAUCUCGGAACGCCCGGAGAAGCGCCUCGUGCCAGAGCUCAGCAGAUACGAGGACCCCGAUGAUCCCGUGCGACCUCCUGCUCCCCUUCGAGAUCGCGCGGGACUCUGGGCACCUCCGAGUCCUGAAGCCAUUGGAGCACCAGAGGUGCUGGUGGUGGGUCUGGGCCGACGCCUGCGUGUGGCUCCUGAGGAUGGCCCAAGGGCGCGCCUGGGCGUUGGUGCUUUGGAGGCGCUGCAACGGCGAUACCAAAUCCGAAGCUACUUCGAUGCUGAUGUCCAGGGGUACAUGGCCACCUGCAAAGCCAGCCUCGACAAGAGCGGCCGGGCUGGCGUGCAGAAGAUCCAUCUGAUGCAGCCGCUGAUUGACGACGAUUUCGAUGUGCCCACCCGCCGUGCGAUGCGACUACGGGCCUUCGCUGAAUCCAGGCAUCAAAAUUUGCAAUCCUCCCUGCAAGACGAGGCCCGCGUCCUCUUCCAAGAGGCUUCCGUGAGCAAGGCCGGCAAGGCGAAGCCGGAAGCGGUACAUCCUCAAUGUCUCAAGGACUUUGACCGCUGCACCAUCCAAGUGGGGGCCGACAUCUACGGACCCGGCAAGGCCAAAGACGACCUUGAGGAGGCUCGCGCCAGAUUUGCGGAACGUCUGUGUCGAGAAUGCUCACCUUGCAGUGCGGCAGCCUUACAUGUCGUCUCCGCGCUGUGUUCGCAGCUCUCUAUGGCGCACCUUUCUACGGUCAGUUUUUCUGGGCCGCAUUCCUAUGCCCUUCCAGGCGGCUGUACCAAAGCGCGGAUCCACUUGCGGAAAGAGAAGAAGGAUCUGUUGCUGACCAUCGAGCGGUCUGCCGCGCAAUUUGAGUCUUUCUCCCUUCCAGAAGACGGAGAGGUGAGGGACUGUCAUAAGAGCUCCUUCAUCAACGAGUCGGCUGAACUGCGGCUGCUUUGUUCCGAUGAAGGUGUUCUCAUCGACUUGUUGGACGCUCGGGAGGCCAUUUUGCUGUGCUUCCCCGACCAGCGCGUGGUGGUGCACGAUGGCUUGCCACUGAACUUUGCCUCGCCACCUGCUGGCCAGUCCACCUGUGGCGACCUUCCGCGCGCGCUGCUGCGGCAUUUGCUGUCAAUGUUGCUAUCCAAAUCCAAAGUUGCUUAG